GAAUAUUGCCCAGUUCAAAUUUCCACAGCUUUAAGAGUAGUCGCCCUUUGUUAAAGUCGGGAGUUUGGGAAAAAAGUUUUUCUGUUCAAUUUCGCAAUGGCUCAACUUCUAAGCGGAAAAGAAGUGUCAGAAGAUAUCCGACAGAAGAUAAAGAGUGAAAUUGAACAUCUACAAAAGAGAUACCCAGCCUUCAAACCAGGCUUGGCUAUUGUUCAGGUUGGAGGUAGAGAAGACUCCAAUGUUUACAUAGGUCAGAAGGUGAAGAAUGCGGCUGUAGUGGGGGUAGAUGCCAGACAUGUGAAGUUACCAAAUACUGCCACUCAGCAAGAGAUACUUGAAGCAGUACAGAGACUGAAUGAAGACCCGGCAGUGCAUGGAAUUAUUGUUCAGCUGCCAUUAGAUACCACAAACCAAGUUGACACUCACCUUGUAACAAAUGCCAUCAGACCAGAGAAAGAUGUGGAUGGGUUACAUCAAGAGAAUGCUGGGAAACUUGCGAGAGGUGACCUAGCAGACUGUAUCAUACCAUGUACUCCACGGGGGUGUCUCGAACUCAUCAGCAGAACAGGUGUUGAUGUAGCUGGUAAGACUGCAGUGGUGCUUGGAAGAAGCAAAAUUGUAGGUGCACCAAUGUCUAACCUGCUAACCUGGAAUCAUGCAACCGUCACUGUGUGUCAUUCCAAGACAGUGAAUCUACCAGAUAUUGUUCGUACAGCAGAUAUUCUGGUGGUAGCCAUUGGUAAAUCACAGAUGGUGAAGAAAGACUGGGUUAAACCAGGUGCUGUCGUCAUUGACUGCGGCAUAAAUAGUAUUCCAGAGUCUGAUUAUUGUGAAGAAAUGGAUGAAGAUGCAACAAAGAAGUCAGGGAAACGAUUGGUUGGUGAUGUUGAUUUUGAUGAAGUGAAGACUGUGGCAUCCUGGAUCACACCAGUACCUGGUGGAGUUGGACCUAUGACUGUGGCCAUGUUACUCAAGAACACGCUGGAACAAGCUAAACGUGCCCUUAAUACAGUUCUGGAAUCCAGCACCUGGAGGCUCACACCACUAGAGCUGAAACUGAAGACUCCUGUUCCAAGUGAUAUUGAUAUAGCCCAGGCACAGACCCCUAAAUUUAUCAACAAGUUAGCAGAUGAAGUCAAUCUCCUGCCAGAGGAGGUGGAUCUGUAUGGGAAAAAGAAGGCUAAAGUAUCUCUGAGUGUCCUAGACAGAUUAUCUGCACAACCUGAUGGGAAAUAUAUUGUUGUUACAGGAAUUACCCCCACUCCACUUGGUGAAGGGAAGAGUACCACCACUAUAGGUCUCACUCAAGCUAUUGGUGCACACUUACGGAGGAAUGUGUUUGCUUGUGUAAGACAACCAUCACAGGGACCCACAUUUGGUAUCAAAGGUGGCGCUGCAGGGGGAGGCUACUCUCAAGUAAUACCAAUGGAGGAGUUCAACCUGCAUCUGACAGGAGAUAUCCAUGCCAUCACAGCAGCCAACAACCUGCUAGCUGCCCAGAUUGAUGCCCGUAUGUUCCAUGAAGCCACCCAGACAGACGAGGCAUUGUACAAGAGACUUGUACCAGAGUCUAAAGGAAAAAGAGCUUUCUCCAAGAUACAGUUUAGAAGAUUAAAGAAACUUGGAAUAGACAAGACAGAUCCAAACUCACUGACACCUGAGGAAGUGAAGAAAUUUGUGAGGCUUGAUUUUGAUCAGGCCACCAUUACCUGGCAGAGAGUGAUGGACACGAAUGACAGGUUUUUAAGAAGUAUAACAAUAGGCCAGGGACCACAAGAGAAAGGCAAAACAAGACAGUGCCAGUUUGACAUCACAGUGGCCAGUGAAAUCAUGGCAAUUCUUGCAUUGACAACCAGUCUACAAGAUAUGAGAGAGAGACUUGGUAACAUGGUGGUAGCCAGUAGUAAGGAGGGAGUUCCAAUCACUGCUGAUGAUUUGGGUGUGAGUGGUGCACUGACAGUAUUGAUGAAGGAUGCCAUUAGACCGAAUCUGAUGCAGACACUUGAGGGUACCCCUGUAUUUGUACAUGCUGGACCUUUUGCCAACAUAGCCCAUGGUAACUCUUCCAUACUGGCAGACAAGAUUGCUCUUAAACUUGUGGGAGAAAAUGGAUUUGUUGUGACUGAGGCAGGAUUUGGUGCAGAUAUUGGCAUGGAGAAGUUCUUUGACAUCAAAUGUCGUUACUCAGGACUCGUACCCAAUGCUGUUGUCCUGGUUGCUACAAUCAGAGCUCUGAAGAUGCAUGGAGGAGGACCAACUGUUGUUGCAGGGGUACCCCUACCUAAGGAAUAUGUUGAAGAGAACUUGGAGCUGUUAGAGAAGGGUUUCUCCAACCUGCAGAAACAGACCGAGAAUGCCAACAAAUUUGGAGUUCCAGUAGUUGUUGCAAUCAAUGGAUUUGCAACUGACACACAAACAAAAGAAGGAGCUGGGCCAAAAGUUUUGGGCCCUGGAAAAAAGGAUUGGGGAAAAGCUGUGCAUUUGGACCAGCAUAAUCCAGACCGCCUGGGCAUGGCACAGUCUGGUCAGGUUUCCCAAAUGUUUUCUAACGGUUUCUCUAAAAAACAAUAG